GAAGAAGAGUUCUUGUUUUGUAUGUCAGUUUCUGUCUUUUUUUUAAAAUACAUUUUUGGUCAAAAACCAACCGAACAAAGCGAAGAUUCCUUCUAAUACACUGCACAAAACUUUAGGGCGCUAAAUUGAAUCAUUUCAUCCGCGGGAUAGGAUUUUGUUGGUGAAAUGCCCGGCUGUUUGUAAAUAUAUAUUUAAAUAAUUGGUGAGUGUGUGUAAGUGUAUGAAGAUCGGGAUUUGACUGCUGGAGGAGUGUGUACAAGGGCAGCUGUGUAGCGUUUUGGGAAGAAGGGAUCGAUGAUGGAACUGCAAAAUUUACAGGAAGCACUCAAAGUGGAAAUCCAGAUCCAUCAGAAACUCAUCACACAGAUGAAGCAAGAUCCACAGAAUGCUGAUCUGAAGCUGCAGCUCCGUGACCUGCAGACCAAGAUCACAACGCUGAGUGAGCGGCAGAAAAAGGUGGUAGAGCAGUUAAGGAGAGAUCUACUGGUGAAACAGGAAGAUAUGAAGCUGCAGACGCUACAAGCUGACGGGCAAACGUCUACCCUGCUCAUCACACAGACACAAGCGUCUCUGCCUGCUGCCAGCCUUACCACUUCACAGAACUCUGUGACUCCUGUCAUUGCUUCAAAGACACUACCUCUGGUGCUGAGAGCUGCCACACCCACCUCACCUAUCAUCAUGACACCAGCACCCACUAUCACCGUGGUUACAACCCUCAGCAACACUCUCCUAGCGAGCCCUCCUAACUCGGAUCCUCAAAACUCACCACUAAAAUUCCAACCUGUCAUCCACGUGACCAAUCAGGGGGCAGAGCCAGUACGAGUCAUACCCAAUAGCACUGUUCUUGUUCAAGCUGCCUCCCAACCAAUCAAAGUUCCUCAGUUUGUCCCACCCACCAGACAGACAACUCGGCCAGCCACUGUACUGCAGGUCCGGCCCAAACCUCCAGCCUCUCUAUCUCCAGCUGCUGGUCAGGUGUCUGUACAGACCCUGCAGUCACCAGUGUUACUGAGCACUACCCUCCCUUCCUCUGGUCACAUCCAGCAGAUGCGUAUCCUCAAUGGCCUGCCCUGCCCCAACAUCUCAAACAGCACAGGCAUUCUGAUCUCUCCCCCUACACACACACAACCAUCUGCCCAGACACACAUGCAGAAGUUACCUUACAACAGCCCAAGCUCUGACAACAUGACAUCUGUUGUGGAAUAUGGGACAGAGCCAAAGACUUCAUUGCUCAUCUCUCCAGACACACCUACACACACUUCACCUCCACUGUCCUUAGAUUCACAAUCCUCACCUGCCCCCACAAACACACACACACCUUCUUCCAAACAUCAGGAGAGCCCACGGAAACUGGCCUUCAUGUUGUCUCUGGGACUGGUCACACGUGACUAUUUUGAAGAGAUUAAGAGCAGGCGUCAGGAGCGUAAGAGAAGAACAACAGCAAAUCCAAUAUAUAGUGGAGCCAUGUUCGAACCAGAGCGCAAGAAGAGCUCAGUGUCAUAUCUGAGUUCCAUUAACCAGUCUAGCAGGAAGAGAGGUCACCUUUCUAAAAACGGCAGUAUUGUGGAGUGGGGGCCCCUCCCCCCAACCACCAGCAGCCAUCAUUCUGCCUCCCCAGAACAACAGCGGCCCACUGCGGGCAGCCCAUUCUCCCAUGCCCUCUCACUCACCCUUUCAUCACAUUCACCCACACCCAGCCCCAGCCCAGCAGGGGAUAUUCUGCAGAAGGAAGAUUCUAUUGAGUGGCCAGGGACACUCGCUAUUGUCCAUUCUUAUAUCUCUUAUAAAGCAGCUAAAGAAGAAGAGAAAGAUCGUCUGAUGAGAUGGAGCACAGAGCUGCAGGAUGAGAGGGAGACACUGGAGCAGAAAGUCGGACAGCUCAGCCACUCUAUAACGAGAUGUAUGGACAGCAAAAACGGCGUGAUGGCCCAACAGAUGGAGAUGGAGGUUUCACUGGAGAAAAUUAGAGGGCUGGUCCAUCUGAUCAGAGGGAUCCAGUUGUCCCCCCACCCUUGCCAGGCACUCAUCUCCCCUGUAGGCAUGGCUAAUGGAGAUAUGUCCCACAAUGGAGCUUCCAAACCCAGCAGCUCCUAUGCAGUCACUACAGACACAAACAAUAACACGAAUAACUCAACACGCUCCUCCGAAGCUAUGGUGAUAAUUAGCACUCUUUCAAACAUAAACGAUCCCGUCAAACAAAUCAGCACAAAUAAUAACACAAUUAAGACUGAUGCUACAAACGCAAAGAGCAACACUAGCAGUGAGGGCACUGAAGAGAGCACACAUAUAAAAAGCAUGUCCAGAAUCAGGAGUGAACCCACUAAUGCAAACAUCACAGCCUUCAGCAAUAACAGCAGCAACCAGGGGCUUCCCAGUACCAACGGAGCAGUGUCCGCAGGGGAGGAAAAUAUAAAGAAACAUAGAAACAUCAACAGUGACCUCAGCGUCAUCCCACAGCCCCUUCUCGGCCCAAUCGUACCCCUUACGGGAGUGACGGAGGGGGUAAAAUAGCAUCAGCUACCCCACCAUAGUUGCUGCCCAAAGUGUGCCAGUUAACAGUAUUGUUGUUCUGUGUUUUUGUUUCAUCUCUUGUAUCUUUGAGGGAAAGAAAAUCCAUAGUGCCAUUUACUACAUGCAGGAAGGAGGUUCCUAAAGUACCAGCAAUGUGUAUGCUAAUGUGUGCACACUGAAAAUAUUUCUACAAAGAAUAAUGAUAUAGAAAAUAAAAUAAAAGAGUAAUAAAAUCUAAAGAUAUCACACCAUUGUGUGCCUGAUACUGUUGCCAUAGCACCUCUGAAAGAGAAAGCUUCUGAAGGAUUGGAUGCAGGUCUUGUUCCUGCAGCCCUCUGGUAGUUGAGUAGCACAGCUUCCUAGCUCUGAUCUAAGACAUAAGAUAUGGAGAUAUGAAGAGUUCAGUCUGUUUGUGAAAUGCAACCAAGGUGCAGUUGUUUUGUCUAGUUUUGAGUUAUUGUGUCUAAUUCUAGGGCAUCAGAGCGUAACAUGAAGCUCAAAACAGGUUAUCACACACUAACAGAAAUACAGGUCUUCCAGGCGUUCCGCUGGAGAAUUCACUGCUGUCAUUAGCAUUUGUCUAAUUCUUGGCUUCUUAAAAGCUGAAACAUUUCUGUAAAUAUAUUUUUAAACACAUUAUUUGUAGUUUUUUUUUUAACAAAAAUAUUAAUUAGUUCUGUUCUGCCAAAUAAUUAGUGCCACAGGGAACUGUUAUUUUAUGUUAUAUACUUAUAAGAUUAAAUAGAUAUUUAAGAGAAGUAGAUUAGUAUUUGUAGUGUCAGUCCUGAAGUGUUUGUGAGGUCAAUUAUAACCAUGCCUUAUCUACUAAACAGUGGUGAUUUAAUGAGAGUGCAGUUCCAUAUAAGUCACGGAUGAUUUUUAACAGAAGGGAUGAUUUGAGAUUUGCUGAUCUCACAUCAUUUAUGGUUCAUGGAAGUCCAUAUCCACAUCAAGAGGACUUUUUAUCACCAGUGUAGCAGGGGUUUCAUGCCUUGUCCAAGAACUUUGAUUCCUUAAAACAAUGAAAAAUAUUAAGAUAGACUUGCACACAUGCCGUCAAAAAAAAUCCCAUAAAACCAGUGUGCCAGCAAUGUUAUGCUUAUGGGCCAAAAUAAGGGCUUCUGUUCUGUAUCAUUUCAGUGUCGUCUUACUAGGUGUUAACACUGUUCUGUAAACCUACCCUAAAGCACAACACAAUGGGGCAUAUGUGCUAUGCCUAGGGCCGCAAUUUUACCAUUGUCUCCACCACUAAGAGGCUUCUGUUAUUACAUUAUUAUUUAUAUUUUGCAUUACUCUAACCAUAUCAGAGAUAUUGAUGCUCUCUCACCACUGUAUUUCAGACAGUGUGUAACAAGCACAGACUUAACACACCAGACCACCUCUAACAUAAAUGGCUGCCCCAGAAACAGCCAUGGUUGGUUGAAAACUGUAUCAUGUAUCAAAAUGACAUUUCUAUUGUGAAAGCACAUUAAAUAACCCAGAAUCCCAGUGGUGUCAAACACACUGGGAAUGCAUUGCUGUUGACAGAAGACAGAAUUAUAUACAGUGUUUAUAUCUUCAUUUCAGGUUUGUGAGUGUGUACAUGUUCUUGUUUUCAAUGCUGCACAUGUGGUUCUAGCCUGCAGUAGCCUCUGUGGAUUGGUUGCCUUAAGUUCUAUAGAAUAUGUUAGGCUGUUUCAUUUUAGUGUUAUGACUUGUCAGUGUCUUAGAACCAGUUGUCAGCACAAUGAGGGAGUUUUUUCCCAUUUAGGAAUUUGAACCUACUUUGUCAUCUGAUAAUUCUGGCUGUGAGGACAGUGCCUGCACUGCCUAUAGUGAAUCUAACCACUACACAUAACUACAUAAGAACUCUUUUAAGUGCUUACCUCUUAUAACGAAACACAAAACAAAUUGCUGAUUAAUUAAUUUACUUUUUUUUUU